UUUGCUUCAAAGGCUCAAAGUAACGGCAAAUAGAGUAAAAGAUGCUACCAAUGGUUGCAAAAAGAAAAAAAACAAAAAAAAUCGAAAUUUUCCCGCGCACUUUUCUAAACAAACACAUAACAGUGUUUAUGUGCUAUGUUUACAUUGUCUGCCUGCGAAUUUUUUUCCCAUAUCAUAAAAUUGUGUUGCAGUGAUUGCAUGUUAAAUUAUUGUUAAGACUCUCCAGAAAACGUCUAUGCUUUGUUACAUGCAUAUGUAUGUGUUCGCCUCUACCAAAAUAUGUGCACAUAUACUUACGUCAUAUGAUAAUAUACCGUUUAAACCUUUCUUUACUAGUCGCAUUGGCAACUUUGUUGAUUUACAGUCAUACAGUUAAUGCUGUGGCUACAGCCAGCCUCAGCCAGCCUGCCACCACAACCAAACCUCAGGGUUUUCAUGCACGCUCUUUUGAGGCAAACGGUGAUGAUGACAUUGACGAAGAAUUUGAGACUCAAGCUCAGACACAUUCGGCCUACAGACAGCCACAACAACAGCAGCAACAACAAAAUCAACAUUACCAGCAACAGCACUAUCAGCAACAACAACAGCAGCAACAACCAAUUUAUGAUUACAGUCAAUCUGAAGAAGAACAAGAAGAGCCGCCUCGGCAGCUAUAUCAAGGUCGUCAGCAACAACAGAAUAAUUAUUUAGCAAUUAAUAGUAACAAGAACGUUCAAAAUAAUAAAAAACAAUCGAGUGAAGAAGAAUCCGAAGAAGAAGAAGAAGAGCCCGAUAGACUAUCUCUGCUGUUAGCGAAAUCGACCUUUAAUUGCAAAGAUAAAAAUUCGGGUUAUUAUGCCGAUGAGUCUCUGAAAUGUGAAGUCUUUCACUAUUGUCAAGAGAAUCAACGUCACUCGUGGAUUUGUCCGGAAGGUUUUACAUUUCAUCAGAUACACUUGAUAUGCAUGCCUCCGUCCAGUGAUAACAUCUGCCAGCAAUCUUCAAAAUUUCACAUAGUUAACGAUUACCUAUAUAAACCCAUUAACUUGCAAGAGCAUCAAAGUAAGCCAAAUGUUACGCUACGCUAUUCGGAACGUUACUAUCCGGAAAACUAUUACGAUCACGAACGCUAUUCGGAUGAAGAUGAAAUACCUAGGCCGCGUGUGCAACAUCAACGUCAACCGGUGCAGGUUGGAUUUCCGCAAAGUAUUCAAACGCAACACCAACGUCCUCUCGCCCAGCAGCAACAACAUCAGUUACACCAACAGCAACAACAGCAGCAGCAACAUCACCAACCACAACCAGUACGCCAUCAGCCGCAAACAGCGACACAAUCACAAGCCCAACCGCAAACGACAAUCUAUCGCAAGCCAGCGUUAAGUCACAGUACAACUGCUCAGCCUCAUGCUCCUCGCUUACCCACUUCUGUACUGGCCGUUACUCCUACUCCAUACCGUUUAUUCACAGCAAAUGCCCAGCUACAGCAUUUACAGCAACAGCAACAACAAGUGUAUAGAACACCUGAAGAUAUUAAUAUAUCGCUACAGCAGAGACGUCCACAAAUUUUCAUAGGCAGUACCACGCCGCGUUACUAUGAGGACGAGUACUUAUAUGAGCGAAAAUAAUUCAAUUAUUCCACUCAUCUAUUGACUGGUUUUGUAUUUGCAUCUAAUCUUCUUCCUGGACUGUCCUCAACUCAACUCAAAUAAAAAAAGUGAUUUUCAAAAAUUUACUUACACUACACUAAUACUAUGAAACAACUUUGAUUUCCAAACAUAAAUCUUUUUUUUGACUUGGUUUUUAUUUUUGUUCUCUUCUUAUGAUUUCAUAUAUGUAUUAAACUUAAGCUUUAAUGUUAUUAAUCCAACAUAGGUAAUCUAUUGAAUUUAGUCCCAAAAUCAAGCACAUAACACUAAGUAAGGUUUACAUUCAUACAGUUACACUAUGCGUACGUUCCGCAAUUGUAUCCAAAUCUUUG